AUGGCUUGGGUGUGGCCGGAUGAACCUCUGCCCGGGGAAGGGAAGCAGAGACGACGGGAAAGGAUAAAUGCUAACAAGCAGAGGCAGCCACCACCAAUCUUAAAAGAUAAGAGUGAACAAGGUGGGAUUGACUUUCGUACCUAUGAGAAUCUGACCAGUCUCACAGCACCGUUCGGUACCUCAAACACACCAGUGAUUGGAACCAAAAUAAUUGGCGGUCAACAGGUUUCUGUUAUAGAGCACCUUUCUCCCAAUCAGUACAAUGGCAAUGGUGGAAUUAGCAUUUCCAAGCUCAAUGACAUAGCGGACAAGCCAAACAAUGUUAACCCUGAUGUUCUACGACGGGGUGCUCGCGGCUACUUCAGUGCUCAGCAGCCUAAGGAUGACUUUGACCAGGAGCCUGUAGCCAAUAAUCACUUUUGGGAUAACUUUCAGUCAAACCUUCAUGGAAAGCCAACUUAUGUAGGCAGAAGUCGUCCGGAUUCCAAAUCUUUGGCACGAGGAUUGAAGCUGGACCCCCUUACAACUAAUAAAAACAAGAACCAGCUGUCCACCAUAUUUGAACCAGAGAUAGGAAACCCAAAUGCUUUACAAUUGGAAACAGAAUAUGGCGACAAAUAUAUGAAGGAUACAGAAUACGAACGGCCGAUAAGCGAUCAACACCAAAUGAGACCUAAUGGACGUACAUAUGAUUCUACCAAGUUCCCUAAAGCUCUAAGUGAUAUAGGUCCACAUCCUAUCUCUAACGACUACCAAAGCCAUCCUCCUGCCAAAGACGUGUCUGCAAACUCAUACUCACAUAAUGAUUACAUUGAACAGACGCCAAGAACUGUUCUUAACGAGGAGCGCAAUAGACUGUUAAAGUAUUUAUGGAGCGCAAAUCUCGGCACUCUCCCACAGAGACCAAUUGAGCUCACGCAAGUGGAGGAAGAGAAGUUAGGACACAUUGUCAGUGUGGAAUUGGAUGGAAUUCCACGGAAACGAUUGGAUAAGGUUCAUGCCGAUGCCAUCACUUCGGACUGGGCACAAAACGGCACAUGUGCACUAGUGGCUAUGAAAAAAGCUCUUGAAUCGAAUCAGAUACGUUUAGAUCCUGAUACAGUGCGACUGGUAGCGGCUAAAUUUGUUGACCGAAAUCAGAAUGGAUGGAUAUUUUAUCGGGAUUUUAUUAGAUAUCUUAAGAAAUUUUUGCCUAAAGAGCCACAAAGUAGCUUCGAACAGCAGUUGCAGAGUCGAACAAACUCACCGAUGGAUGACCUCAACCCACAGAUACAUCGAACAUUUGGAAAAACAUUACAGAUUGCCAAGCAACAACUAGCUGAUGAAAAAAUACGAAUAAACAUGUCUGCGAUUAGGAAGGAUUUUGAAUCACGGGAUAAGCCUUAUAGAGGACGUUUGUCAGAGCAUGAGAUCCUUGAUGUGUUGCGCAAUAACAAAGUAAAUCUGCCGAGUGACGUCUUCAAAGAUCUCCUCUACAUGAAAAGGCGGAGGCCUCAUGAUGGACAGUUCGACUGGGAGGCUUUUCUUGGUGUGUUGGAGAUGAUCCAGCCCGACGCCACCGGCCUAGAUAUCCCACGCAGCAAGCGUCCGUUAGAGUAUGCUAAGCCCACACUGGAAACAUUUGAGUCCUGGCCUAGAAGCUCUCCUCGCAGAGACUACCCAUCCUACAAUGGGUAUCGACAGCAAUCAGAUCGCCCACCUGAAGAUAACUGGCAGCACAAUGGUUACCAACCCUCUUUCAGCAACAGAGACACAUAUAAUCAGGGAUACAACGGCAACAUGUCUUACAGACGGGAGCCGUCCCCAAGCCGUGCUCAACAGAUGUCCUAUAGAAGUGAAGAUGAAAAAAAAGGAAAGGUCAGCUCUAGAUACCCACCAAUAACCAAAUAUCCCCCACCAGAGUCACCCCGACAGUUGCAGGAUGAGAUUUACAAGAUGGAAAAUGAAAUUAAGGCAUUGCAAGAACGAAAUGAGAAACUUGAGUUGAUGCGUCAAAAACAGGAGGAAAGACAGGAGCUUUUCUCCACAAUUACGAGUCUAGGAAAAACUCUGUACGGGAUUGAUGAGUUGAGGUAUCGGUCAUCAGGACGAGUUUACAUCGACGAAGUGUUGGAAGAAUCGGUCAAACACAGAUUACCACUUCCCAGGAAAUACUUGCAGGAUGCGGCUGAUAAAUGCAUGAAUGCUAAAAGAAUGGUAGACAUUCAGAAAUACCUCGACCUGGUCAAGGCGCUUGCCAUCAACUGA